UUUAAAUUAUUUAUUACUAGUAGAAUAAUUAGGUUAUUGAUUUUUAUCAUGGUUCUAGAUAUAUAUUCUAGAUUAUAUAGUUCUUUUUAACAAUUAUGUUAAACUAGUAGAAAAUUAAAAUCUUAAGUUUACAUUUAUUUCGAGGUUCAGUAAAUUUGACAAAUCAUUCAAUUGAAUUUUUUUUUUAUUUGAUAAAAGUUUUCUCUCUCAAUUUAAUUAUUUUAACAUGUCUGGUGGAACAAAUGGAGCAUACGACAAAAAUGGAUUGCCUACAUCUACAACAGAAACUGAUUAUACCAACGAUCCUGCAUCUGGUGGAUUAUCAUCAUUCUUUGUUUCUGAUUAUAAAAAACAUGAUGAUUUAAAACAAAUGUUAGAUUCUACAAAAGAUGGACCAAAAUUAGAAGCUAUGAAACGGAUAAUUGGUAUGAUUGCUAAGGGGAGAGACGCUUCUGAAUUAUUUCCAGCUGUUGUAAAAAAUGUUGUGUCUAAAAAUAUUGAAGUGAAAAAAUUAGUUUAUGUUUAUUUAGUUCGUUAUGCUGAGCAACAACAGGAUUUAGCAUUAUUAUCUAUUUCUACAUUUCAGAGAGCAUUAAAGGAUCCAAAUCAAUUAAUAAGAGCCUCUGCUUUAAGAGUUUUAUCAAGUAUAAGAGUUGUAAUGAUUGUUCCUAUAGUAAUGUUAGCUAUUAAAGAUUCAGCUGCAGAUAUGUCACCCUAUGUUCGUAAGACUGCUGCUCAUGCUAUACCAAAGUUGUACAGUUUGGAUCCUGAUCAAAAGGAAGAACUAAUUUCAGUUAUAGAAAAACUUUUGGCUGAUAAAUCAACCUUAGUGGUCGGAUCUACAGUAAUGGCUUUUGAAGAGGUUUGUCCUGAGAGAAUUGAUUUAAUUCAUAAAAUAUACAAAAAACUUUGCAAUUUAUUAGUUGAUAUUGAUGAAUGGGGUCAAGUAAUUAUUGUGAACAUGUUAACAAGAUAUGGUCGUACUCAAUUUGUCAACCCUAAUAAAAAUGAUAAUGAUGAUAUUACAAAUGUUGAAAAUUUAAAUGUAGACAGUUCAGAUCUAUCUAGUUGUGAAGAAGUUUGUGGUGAUAAUGAAAAAGCAUGUGUAUUAGAUCCAGAUCAUCGAUUAUUAUUAAGAAAUGCAAAACCAUUAUUGCAAAGUAGAAAUGCAGCAGUUGUUAUGAGUGUUGCUCAAUUAUAUCAUCACUUGGCUCCAAAAACUGAAGUGCACAACAUUGCUAAAGCUCUUAUUCGUUUAUUAAGAAGUCAUAGAGAAGUUCAAUCAGUAGUAUUAAAUUCUAUUGCCUCUAUUUCAAUUGAUAGAAAGAGUAUGUUUGAGCCAUAUUUAAAAAGUUUUUUUGUAAGAUCUAAUGAUCCUACCCAUAUUAAACUUUUGAAACUUGAUAUAAUGACAAAUUUAGCAAAUGAAGGAAGUAUUUCAACAAUACUUCGUGAAGUUCAAACUUAUAUUUCUAGUACAGAUAAACAAUUUGUUGCAGCAGCUAUCCAAGCUAUAGGAAGGUGUGCUUCAAACAUCAAAGAAGUUACAGAAACGUGUCUUAAUGGGCUAGUGUCUAUGUUAUCAAGUCGUGAUGAAGCAGUUGUUGCUGAAAGUGUAGUUGUAAUAAAAAAACUACUUCAAAACCAACCAGAAGCGCACUGUGAUAUAAUAAAGCAUAUGGCUCGUUUAAUGGAUUCAAUUGCUGUUCCUCAAGCAAGAGCGUCAAUUUUAUGGUUGCUUGGAGAAUAUUCACAAUUAGUAUCAUCUAUUGCACCUGAUGUUCUACGUAAAGUAGCCAAGACAUUUGUAUCUGAGGAAGAUAUUGUAAAACUGCAAGUUAUGAACUUAGCUGUUAAGUUAUUUUUAACAAACCCAGAUCAAACAACAUUAUUAUGUCAGUAUGUACUGAAACAAGCUAAAUAUGAUCAAAACUAUGACAUAAGAGAUCGUUCUAGGUUUUUAAAUAAUAUUCUCUUUCCUCCUGAACAAUUUAUAAAUAGUAAAUUAAGCAAACAAUCUAAGAACAUAUUUUUGGCUGAGAAACCUGCUCCAUUAUUACAAUCUAAUUUUGUUGAUCGUGAAGAAUUUCAAAUGGGAUCUUUAUCACAUUAUAUUAAUUGUCGAGCAAUUGGAUAUCAGGAUCUUCCUCAAUUUCCUGAAGAACCAACUGAUUCAAGUGUUAGAUAUGUUGCAACACCUGAUGAACACGAAAUAUCUAUUAAUCAUCAUAAAACAAAUAGAGUAUCUUCAAACAAAAAAAAAACAUUUUACUCUGAUUCUGAUGAAGACUCAGAAGAUAGUUCAAAUGAUUUUGAAGAAUCUGAAUCUGAUUCAUCUGACUCAAGUUAUGAAACAAUAGAUAAUAAAGAAAACAAAACUGCUAGUACCUCUAAUGAUUCAGAAAAAAGUAGCUCAGAUAGUGAGUCUGUAGAAAGUGAUAGUAGUGAAGAUGAAAUGGUGAACAAAAAAAUGACAAAAAUUAUCGAACCUACAAGCAAUGUGGAUUUGUUAUUAGCCUUAGAUGAUUUUGUACCCACUAGUCAAACUUUGUUGCCAUCGAUGGGUAGUAUUCUAUCUCCAGCUAAUAAUCAAUUAUCAACUAAUCAACCUCCUAACUCAGUUUUAAAACAAGUUAUUGCACCUAAAUUUGUACCUUCAAUAAAAACCGAAAUUUUAAAUAAAAUUAAAGGUCAUAAUGAAUUAAGCAUGUUAGCACGUUUUACAAGAAGUUCACACAUAUUUUCUAACACAAUGGUUAAUGUUGAGUUGAGUUAUACUAAUCAUGAUCAAAAGGAAGCAUUAACUAAUAUUCGUUUGAUUCAAAAAAGUUCUGAUCUGAGUAUUCAUAAUUCAGUACCAGUUAUUCAGUUAUUACCUGGCUCUGUUGUUUUGGGUGCACUAGGAAUUGACUUUAAAGAUUCUACUCAGCCACUUGUAAUGGAAGUUUUUUGGUACUUGUCUGGUAUGGAACGUAAAAGUGACAUUAUUUUUCGUGCUCCUAUGGGUGAACUUUUACAACCUUUAGCUAUAUCUGAAGAAGAGUUUUUAAAUGAACAAGCAAAACUAAAAGGAAUGAAUGAACAUGUAGCAAAAGUUUCUCCUUAUAAUAAGAACACUAAUGUUUUAAAAGCUAUAUUUGAAGUCGCUAAUGUAACAAAUGUUUCUGAAAGAGAUAAUGUAUUCAGAUUUUCUGGUCAAACAUUCUCUUCAAACUGUUUAGUGUUAUUAACAGUGAAAAUUCAAGAUUCCACUUUAACUAUAACUGUCAAUUGUGAAAAAAUGGUUGUUGGGUCUGUACUUUUAAACGAAAUCAAAAAUAUUUUAUAAAAGACUAUCUUACUUCUAUAAAUAGCUUUGUUGAAGAGUUUUAUACAUUUAUUUAUUUAAAAUAAAAUUAAAACUUUUUAGUGUAUUACUUUUAAGUAAAUUUUUUUUUAUAUGUAUAUGUUUAUACUUUUGUUAAACGAUUAAUAAAUAUUUUA